AUGAAUAAUUAUUUAUUUAAAGAUAUAAUUGGUUUUCUAUUUAAUAAAAAAAAACAUUAUUCUACUUUAUUGAAUUUUUUCUUCUGGAAAGUUAUACUCUUUCAACUUGUUCCAUUUGCAGCGGCAUCCAUAGUUGAUGAAUCUUAUUCAUCUCACCAGGAUGUAUAUGAUGCACUCCUUAACACAUUGUUUCCGAUCACUUUGGUUAUUUUGUUUAAUAUUUCAAAAAAUAAUAACGGAGAAUCUGAGAAAAAAGAAAACUCUGGGGAAAAUGGAGAAUCCGAGGAAAAAGAAGACUCUGGGAAAAAUGGAGAACCUGAAACUAGAGUACUUAGGGAAAAAUUACUAGCGAAAGAAAAUCUCCUACCAUUAUUGGAUGACUUAUUAUACAACACAGUCACUUGGGCAAUUCCACUAACAGUCUCUUUUGCAUAUAAUGACUUGUUGAGUAUUAAGAUAUUUUCAGUCAUUAAUGCAUCCUUACAUAUAACUUGUGCAAUAUCUGCAUUAAUUCGCCCUAUGUCAAUAGUCAAGGCUAGAAAUAUCUUUUACUUUAAUAAUGAAGAAGUGCCUGAGAAUUUUCUGGCCUCUUCAACAGCUUUUACUCAAUGGGCGCUUUUUAGAAUGAAAGACGAAUGUAAAAAGGAAAUUUAUGAUAAAAAGAAAAAAAAUAAGAGUAAUGGUGAUAUUUAA